AUGCUUAAUCAUGAAAGUUGGAAAUGCGAUGAUCCAGUAGAAGAUCGUCAGUUGCUCGAAAACUGUGUAACCAGCCGCAAGUGUUAAAAUAAAAUUUUAAUUUGCCAUUUAGUAACAAAUAUAUACUACACAUACAUAUAUUGAGUCAUAAUCUGGACAAUGAUGUACCGCUGGACGAUAAUUUUUCUAAUUCUGGUACCAACGUUACUAGAAGCUAAUAGAAGAUUCGCCGAUUCAUAUGAGUAUGAAGAAUGGCAGGAGUUCAAAGACUUUCAGGAAUGGAAAAGAACAAAGAAAAUUCGUGGUGAUGCACUCGAAGAUCGUAAAUUUGGCCAAUUUGUUCCAUUAGAAAGAUAUUACAAAAGAAAAUCGUACGAAAAGCAUUAUCAUCAUAGGCCUCAAGGUUUUGAAGAUCCACCGCCAAUAGACCAGGCUGCCCUUAUGGGACGUUAUAUAGUCAAUCAGGCUGACUGGACGGCUGUGGCGACUAUCAGUUCCCGAAGGGAAACUGAAACCUUUCCAUUCGUUAAUGUAAUAUCCUGUAGCGAUGGUCCUUUAGGUAAUGGAUCUGGCAUUCCUUAUUUAUAUUUGACUCCAUUAGAUUUUACAGCACAAGAUGUAUCCAAAGAUCAUCGUUCCACUCUCAUGAUGACUCUUGCACAAGGUGAUUACUGUAAACAAAAGGUAUGGGAUCCCAUGGACCCUCGUUGCGCCAGGAUCGUCCUUACAGGCAAAAUUAAACCGAUAAAGAAUAAUACUGCUGAAUACAAUAUUGCGAAAAGUGCAAUGUUUAUUCGUCAUCCUUGGUUGGCUAAUAUGCCAGCUGAUCAUCACUUUUUCUUUGCCAAAUUGAAAAUUGGUGAGAUUGCCGUCUUGGAUACUUUUGGGGGUCCAAAAUAUGUUAGUGUUCAAGAUUAUCUACAUCCACCGACUCCAAAUGUUACAACGGAAUUCCUUAGACAAUUUCCAAUUAGAGAGCAACAAAAUGUUUUAAAUAAUUUUGACGAAACUGAAUCAGAAAUGGAAUUCGAUUCUUAUGAAAGCGAUUCAAAAUCAGUAGAACACUUUGUACGUCACGUAUAGGAUUUUUUACUGAAGGGAUAUGGCCAUGCAGCUGGGUCUAGCUGUACAUACAGGACUGACCGUUUUAUUUGAUCGCGCAACGUUUUGUAUUUUACUAUGGCUUUCAAGCAUCCAAGCAUAUAAUACUGAUUAAUUCAAGUCUAUUGCGAUAUAUAAUAAGAUAAAUAUGUCUUAUAACACUGUACUUAAAUUGUUUAUAAAAAUGAAAUAUGUAAAUUUUCGGAA